CUAUUGAUUUUAUUGUCAUUGUCACAAUGUUGUUUUUUCUGUCAUUUUUGUCGUUACUUUGUUUCAAUUGAAAUGAUCGUGAAAGUCUUCACGAUUUUUGUCGCUGGGUUGUGUGCUGAGACCAAUUUUAGGAGCUUACUUGGCGAUACGUUCCAAUCUGCCAGCGAUGCCGUCGGUAAAGGUAUCGGGUUUUGCGGCAACAUCGCUUCAAACUUUAUGGAUGGUGUCGAAACUGCAACAAAGCGUAUUUAUCAUACAAUUUUUGGAUGUAAACAUGAAUGUGAAACACCAUAUGCGACAGGUACAACUGAGCCAGUUUCAACUUCACAAAUGCCACAAAGUCCAUCAGGCGAAGAUGAAUCAAACCCAGAGGCAACUGUAGCUGAAUCAAUUACACUAGCAACGAAGGGAGUCACAAGCAAGGAUGCGGUAGAUGAAGUUUCCCCUGUGACAGAGUCAAAUGGACCAACAGAAAAAACUUUAAUUCAAUGCACAGCACUCAUUAUUAUUUUAGUCACUCUUGCUACAAUUUUUAUUUCAAUUAUUUUUUAUUUCAUGUUCAUUUGUUGUGUGUCCAGAGGGCAAACCAAGUGGGGAAAAUCUAUGCUUAAAUCCAUAAAAUAUUAUAAAUCGUAUAGUCUUAAAGGCUAGGUUU